AUGUGUAAAAUAUUGGCUAUUCAUUAGCUAUUGUCAAAGGAUAUUUUUGGUUCAAUAGAUACCAAAGCUUUAGGUUUUUUAAGUGAUGUGUACUUUUUCCCAUUGAAAGGAAGUAAUAAUUAAAUUUAUUAUCCAUAGAAAAGACUGCUCUGCUUAAGUGA